CCCAUUUUCACUUCUAUAACACCCCACAACACAAGCGCCCAUUACACAUUAUUCACCAAUACCAAAAUGGUCUCGGUAUUGUCUGUGUUCGUGGGUCUUAUAGUUUGUUCUAUGGAUCUAUUAAUGAUCUCUCAAGCUACAUCUCGUAUCACUUUGCACGAACCAUCCACUGUUAAUUACCACCAGCAAUGGAUGAUUCAAUUCUCUCGAGUUUACAAGGAUGGAUCCGAGAGAGAAAUGAGGCUUAACGUGUUCAAGGAAAAUUUGAAAUUCAUUGAGAACUUCAAUAAUAUGGGGAACCAAAGCUACAAACUUGGUGUCAACGAGUUCACAGAUUUGACAGACGAAGAGUUUCUUGCCACCCACACCGGCCUUGGAGGCAUGAACGUAGCUUCACUAUCCAAACAGCUGGUUAAUGAAACGAAGCCAUCUAGGAAUUUGAACGAUACAGUCGAUAGUUAUGUGGAAAACAAGAGCAAAGACUGGAGAACCGAAGGAGCUGUAACACCUGUUAAAAGUCAAGGACCAUGUGGAAGUUGUUGGGCGUUCGCAGCGACUGCAGCGAUGGAAGGUUUAUUAAAGAUUUCCGGCAAGGAACUCGUAUCAUUGUCCGAACAGCAACUUAUAGAUUGUAACGAACGUAACCUUGCUUGCAAGGGGGGACAUGUGAUGUUUGCUUUCGAGUACAUAAUCAAGAACCGAGGAAUAUCAUCAAAUGCGGACUACCCUUACAAAGAGGAAACGGGGAGCUGCCGUACCAACACAAGACCCGUACCCGGCACACAGAUCAAAGGGUUCAAAGAGGUUCGAAGUAAGAACGAGCGUGCGUUGCUGAGGGCUGUAGCAAGACAGCCCGUCUCGGUGUACAUUGACGCGCAUAGUAGCAGUUUCAAAAAUUACAAAGAGGGAGUGUACAGUGAUUUGGAGUGCGGGAACGUGGAUAAUCAUAUAAUGACGAUCGUCGGGUACGGGACUAGCAAUGGGAUGAAGUACUGGUUGGUUAAGAACUCUUGGGGUGAGAGUUGGGGAGAAAAGGGUUACAUAAGGAUUCGUAGAGAUAAUGUUGGGAAGCCUGAAGGAAUCUGUGGUAUAGCUCGACAUGCUUUUUAUCCGGUUAUGUAACUUAUUCAGUAAGAUGAUUUUAUAUUGAAGUAUAAAGUGAUCAUACAUAUAUACAUCGCAACAUAAACUGUAGUGAUGUUCAU